GGGGCGGUGCUAUGCUGGGAAGGUGCAGCAGUGUUAACUGACAGAAGCAAGGAGCUCGCUUUAGUGCGUGGGUUAGCAGCGUAGCUGUGAGUCGGGGUGCUUUAUAAGAGCUGCGACUUCUAGUCUCUGUGCGCGCAUAUUUACUGUUCAUCUCUUCUGCAAUACCGUUUUAUUAUAUCUCCAGUUUGUUGGGUAAUUUCUCUGUAAGAAAGGGCUUGUCUAUGGUUUUGACCGGAUCCUCCAAGAUGUCUCGUACCGAAGAGGUGCACCGUAUAACGGAGAAUGUUUAUAAGUCCAUCAUGGAGCAGUUCAAUCCCUGUCUGCGGAACUUCGUUGCCAUGGGGAAGAGCUACGAGAAGGCACUUUCCAGUGUGACAUUUGCAGCCAAGGGCUACUUCGACGCACUGGUGAGGAUGGGUGAACUUGCCAGCGAAAGUCAAGGCUCUAAGGAUCUUGGGGACGUGCUGUUUCAGAUGGCAGAAGUACACCGGCAGAUUCAGAUGCAGCUGGAAGACAUGCUAAGGUCCUUUCACAACGAGCUGCUGACAGAGCUGGAGAAGAAGGUGGAGCUGGAUGCCAGAUACCUGAGCGCCGCCCUGAAGAAGUACCAGAUGGAACACAAGAGCAAGGGAGAGUCCCUGGAGAAGUGUCAAGCUGAGCUGAAGAAACUACGCAGGAAGAGUCAGGGCAGCAAGAACCCACAGAAAUAUGGGGACAAGGAGAUGCAGUAUGUGGAAACCAUCAGCAGUAAGCAGAGCGACCUGGACAGCUACACAGCCGAGGGAUAUAAAACAGCGCUGUCAGAGGAGAGGAGGAGGUACUGCUUCCUGGUGGAACGGCAAUGCGCUGUCUCCAAAAACAACAUUGCCUAUCACGGCAAGGGCAAGGACAUGCUGACCCAGAAGAUUCCGGUCUGGCAGCAGGCUUGCUCCGACCCCAACAAGCUGCCUGAGCGAGCCAUGCUCCUGGCACAGCAGAUGGCAUCGAGCAGUGGAGGAACAUUGAUCUCCAGCCCCAUGCACUCCUCCAAAUCCAGCCUGGUCAUUUCGGACCCCAUCCCCGGGGCCAAACCCCUGCCUGUCCCCCCAGAGCUGGCACAAUUCAUGGGGGGCGGUGGUCUGGGCCACCCCUCGCGGCUGAUGGGACAGGAUGGAGGGACUGUGAUGAAUGGCUCUGCAGGCGCGGGCCACAUUGAGGACUACAGCCAGUGGGCAGAGAGCAAAGCAUUGCAGGACAAACCCCCUUCACCCCCCCAGGGCCAGAGGCAGCUGAGCGAGGUCCACUCCAACACUCUGCCUGUCCGCAGGGCAGCGCCACCCAAGGGCAAACCCCAGCUGGCUGAGAACAGGACCCUGCCGAGGUCAAGCUCGAUGGCAGCCGGGCUGGAGAAGAAUGGACGGACCCGGGUCCAAGCUGUCUUCUCCCAUGCAGCGGGCGGCAACGGCACACUGCUGAGCUUCUCUGAGCGCGACAUCAUCACGCUGCUUGUGCCAGAGGCCAGAGACGGCUGGCAUUACGGGGAGAAUGAGAAGACCAAGCUGCGAGGCUGGUUUCCCUUCUCUUACACCAGAGUCCUGCCAGAGAAUGAGGACAAGCUCCAUGUGAACCUGCACCAUGGGAAGAGCAGCAGCACAGGGAACCUGCUGGAGCGGGAUGACCACUCCCUGCCCACUCCCGACUAUGGCAUGACCUCCCGCCUCCUGGGGCAGAGCGCAGGUCACUCCCGGCCGCGCCCCUACAGCGUGGCAGUGCCUGUCUUCUCUCAGCAGGGUCUUGAGGAUUAUGAGUCACAAUUUGCUACCAGAGACAAAAGCAGUAGAAUGGGAACGUCUGGGAGCUGCCAUUGCUUCUUCCUUCUCCACUAAAAUAAUACGAAGGUAUGACGUCAGUGUUCAAAAUGUCACGGCAAAACGAUUACAAUAUAUAUAGAUGUAUGUAUAUAUUGUUUUUCUUAAACACGCAUCUUUUUGUUGUAAAAAAGAAAGAAAGCAUGCUUUUGUGGGACACCAAAACUGUAACAAGAUUGGUAUUAAAUGUAUGGCGACUUUCUACUGAAAACAAACCAAACCAAGUAUCUGAAUAAAAUCUGAAAAUAAACACUAUUUCUGGUAGUGCCAAGUUGUGUGUUUUUUGAUUUUUUUUCUUCAGUUGGCAGCAAACACACGUUACUGUUAAGUUUUGUCUCUAAAUGAAUCUUCAAUCCAAACAGAGGGUGAUGUGUGUGUGAAAAUGUUCUGUAUACAGUACUGUAGUCUUAAUGCAGCUUGGAUCGAUCAGUCGGAAACUCUUUCCAGUUUCGCAGUUUAUUUUGAAUUGUCCAAUAACAUUCUUGCGAUUCACGAUGCCAUGCAAGCUUAUUCCCUUGUAUCUGAUGGCCGUCCUUGUAGCCCACUAGUCCAUACCAGUGCGCUAGAAUAUGGUAUUGGGUGCUGUGUGAAACAAGCUGGUAUCCUUUUAACAAGAGGUCAGAGUGCACACCACCCUAUACUAUAUAAGAAAUGGUUAAAUAAGAAUACUGUAAUUAAACAGUAUAGCUCAUUUGAAUGUGACACAAGCUAUCUGAUACAAAUGCAUUUCAGAUGGCUGUAUAUAAUGUCACUAUCAGGGUCUAUAUAUUUUAUAAAAUCGUACCAUGUAGUUAAGUAAAUUUUUAGAUUGUUUUUUUUGACAUGCAGAAAAUAUAUUCGACUUCUCGUCUAUAGACCUGUUUUCUCAGACUGAUCCCAAGUAGUUUGCCCUUUUGAGGGGAUAAAGACAAUAAUCCUAUUAGAAGUUAAUAUAGAUGGCAGUCAAUUAUUAUUUAUUAUUAUUACUAUUACUAUUAUUCUUCUACUGCAUUCAAGCAAGGGUAUGUCAGCCAUGAACAGACCAGUUUGGUGUCUCCUUGUCUUUCCUAAAAAUGGUGCUGUGUGUGUGUGAUUGGCUGAGAGCCCAGUCACUGCAUGUGCCCAUUCGGGCAGGGUCUGAAUAGAUUCCCACCCCCCACCCCUUUCUUUUCAAACCAAUACCUCACUCCGUCCUCUGAUCUGCAUGACUCCCCGUGUGUAAGUGCGUGUUUGCCUGCUUGCUUGCCAACCUCCUUUUUAUCCAUUUGAUAAACAGAUGUCAUUCUCAAAGUUAACCAGGGGGUGGCGCUGUUAGUAAUGGUGCAGGGGGCUUAGGCAGCCUGUAUUCAAAGCGACUUUAAUCCAGCCUGUACUUUUUCUUCUGUCUUUUGAAAGGAGAAAAAAAUGUACAUUGGUAUUGAUCCCAUUUGAGUUGGGGUUUGCACAGCAAGGUGACGGGAGACAGCUCUGCGUGGGCUUUUGAACUUGGUUGUGAAGACCAUAGUGCAAUUGCAAUAUUCAAGCUCUAGGUGGCACUAGCAGCAAAGUAAAAAAGCUACUACUAUUAAUAAAACAGCAAAUGGUUGUUUUGCGAUUUAUUUAUGUAUUUAUUUUUAGCAGCAAUUUGCCCUGGCAAUAGCACUCGCUACUGUAUAAUAUAUUAUCCCCAAGUUUCCUUGCUUGUCUUAGUUUUGUGUCAAAUGGCAUAGCUAGUUCACAUCCCAGACAGUCAUUUACAAAACUAGUUCUAAAAUAGAAGCAAGGUGUUUAUAAAAAAAAAAAGUUUGUUUAUUCCCUCUGUGUCCCUGCUGGGCCAGCACAGGUACAGUACACCUCAAUAGCAGGGAUGGAAAUAAGAUGCGAUUCUUGGUGUUACUUCAACUUUAAGACACACUUGAGCUACACCAGGGCUCUUCAACUUAAGGGGGCCAGAUUGGAAAAAAGGGCCAGAAGUGUUUUAUUCAGCACAUUUUUAAGCAAUGUAAUAAAUAUUAUAUAAUGUAAAGUAGUAUAUCGGACAAGCCUUACAAAUGUUACCAUGUGAAUGGUACUUCAAUAAUAGAACAGUGUGCACAUUUAACCGAGUAUCAUUACAAACAUUUUAAAAUGUAUGUGACAUAUUAACUGUUAUACUAUAAUAUAUAGUCUAAGAGCGAGAACUGUGUGACAAUGUGGUUGUAAGUAAGGUAUUGAUGAAACUGGGGAGCAAAAAAAAAGAGUAAAAAUCCACCAACUUUGAUCACACAUUAUGUGAGAGUGUCACUCAAAACAAAUAAACUUGUGUCUUGUUUCUAUUUCAUCUCUGACACAACAAUGAAAACUUGAGUAAGUUAAACCAACGCAAAGUGGAACUCAAUGAAUCUGGCUUGCGUAGGUCAUGCGGGCCGUCAGAUGAAGAGCCCUGCUAUACACUGUAGCUGAUCAAGCUUGUAGUAAAACCUGAAAUGGGUGAAACUGCUAUGAGACAGGAGUCGUAUUGCCUUCCCUGCAAUAAUGCGAGUACUAAUACAAAGAGAGGCCUAAAUAGUCCAAGACACAAGCUAAUAAAAUGUCUUCAGCCAAUCCUGAAUGCCUCUAAUAUCCUGUAGAUAAAAUGUAUUCUUGGGUUUUUGUAUGUCAAAAGUACUGCGUUCAUGCUGAAUCCUAUUUCAAAUCCAAUGAACCCUGAAUAGACUGGUCACCAGACUGCUUGUUUAAGGUGUCUCUACCAUUGUAUUGGGGUGUGGGUAUUAGUUUCUUUAAAACGAUUAUGGUUUUGAACAAUAAUCAUUUUAAAAUGUAAUGGUAUCUUAUUCCAUAUGAGGAACCCCAAUCCAGCUAUCGCUGGGGCUUGAGAGGUGAAGAUGACCGCGUCUUGCCCAUGAGAUGUAAUACCAUGAAGAAUAAUCUCAUUCAACCGACUCGUUACACAGCACUAAUCGUGGGACUAGUUCUAACCAGGGGUCUGUGUGUUGUGUUUUGUUUUAUCAGCCUGGAAUAACUGGCACACAAGUUCAAACCAAGCAAAUUUUGUUU